CGAGAUUUACAAAAAAAAUGCUGUCACAGGAUAUCGAGCGACUCACAAUGAGGGCUUUUCGAGAUCAGAAACCAUGGACAUCGACCAUCGACCAUGCUUCCGUUAAAGGAAACAUAGAAGACCCAUCCUUAGAAUCAUCCUUAAAGGAUGUAAUUUGUGAGUAUGCUUUAGAUCUAGAAAAGCUUAGUUCCCGCGUUUUGAAGGAAUCAACCGCAACGCCGACCCUAUCAGCAAAGGCAACAAGCUCGUCUUUCGUGGAAGCAAAUCACGUUCUGAAGAAAGAUCAAAUGGAUACUAGUUUAACGUCGGAACCACCGAGCAAGAAGCUCAAGGACGAUUCAAGUGUUACUUGCCUUUCCCACUUUUCCUCGUCUAAGAUGCAGCCUCCUGUAUCUGAUCAAAUUAUGUAUGAGAAAAUCAUCUUAGAACGAUCUAUCCAGGAAACGACGACCCAAAUUCAAAAUCAUUUAAGAAUUAAGGGAGUUUUAGAGCACAAAUAUUUGGAGAACAAAGAAAUUUUCUUCAUGCGUCAAGAGCGUGUACUGCUGCUCGAGAGAGAAUACAGAGCUGAGGAAGAACGCAGCCCCCAAUUGUGUUUGCCAGCGGAAAACAUAAGAAUGCUUGUUCUCAAGCAAAACCUCUUAGAAUCCCGAGAACUUAUGGCAAUGCAGAGACAGCGCUGUUUCAUCUUUGAACAACGUGUUGCGCUUCAUCAUAAAUAUAUACUUGAACAUCAGGCUGAUUUGGAGAGACAAAUAUUGCGCAAUCAAUCUUUGAAACAGGCUUUAGAACGGGCAUUUCCACCGAAAGAGGAUGUUAAGGAAAUGUUAUUGGCAGAAGCUCUGCAAAACAUUGCCGAAGGAGAAUAUCCUACGAAAGAAGAACGCUUUCUUGCGUUGCUUCAGGAGCAACAUCGAUAUAAUUUUGAAUGGCAUCGAAGGAAGUUAUUCAAGCAACGAAAGAGUAACGAGCAGCCAACCAUUCACCAGCUGGAUACUGUAAACGCGGUGAAGGAACAAUACUUUGACGGAAUACCCAGUGUGGGUGAAAGUGAAAUCCCGAAAGAGUUGAGUGGCCACAAGAGCAAUGAAGGCAAUGAUGAUUUGGAAGAUGGUGAUUCUGAUGGCACGGUAGCAAAAAAGAAAUCGAUCUUCCACAAAUACAAUGAUAGCAAGGGUGCAGAGAAGGUUGGUGAUCCGAAAAUUCCCCCAUCAAAAAGGAAAUGUAUGGGAGACAAAUGCAAUGACCGCAAUGACGAAGAAGCGGGCGACGAUAACAUUGCUACAGAAGCAACAAACAAACACAAGGACAAGGACAACAAAAAUGGUGAACACAAGAGCAUAGAAAAUGGUGGUGGUCACUAUUUGCCGGCGACAUUGACGACAUCAAUGGGCGAAAGAAAUAGUGAACGCAAGGACGAAGAAACAGAUGGCGAUGACGUCAUCAGUGUAGAAGUGAGAAAAAAAACUAUGGACGAUGGAUACACUGAUCGUCAUGAUAAAGAACCGAUUGCCGAUGAUGAGUAUUCAGUGACAAUUAAGCAACCCACGGACGUCAAAAACAAAGAAAGCAAGGCGGAAAAAAUGGGUAGCGACUACAGCAUAUCAGUUGAAAAAAAGGAAUCUAUGGACCACAAAAACGAAGAAAAGGAUGAUCAAAAUAAUGGUGAAGGUCAAGUGGUAGCUGACGACGACGACGACGACGACGAUGCUUCCAUCAUUAUAUAGUCCAAGGUGCAGUAUGGAAUUGUGUAAUUAAGAGGCGAAUAUAAAAUUUGAAAUUGA